GAAAUCACUGCCAGUAGACUGAGGAAGGAAACCCCAAAGCUGCUGCUGAUUCCUCUUACCUGGUUGAACUCUUCAUCAGCGUAUAUAUCAAUCAAGUCCACGCCUUCUGACAUGGCUCCGGAAAUACGCUCUCGAGCCCGGAGAACGGACAAAGUGCUGUCAAAGCAGAGCCUGCUGUCUCCUUUGUUCAGUGUGACAUCAUUCAGACGAUUCUACAGAGGUGACAGCCCAACAGAUUCUCAAAAAGACAUGAUUGAAAUCCCUUUGCCUCCAUGGCAGGAGAGAACUGAUGAAUCCAUAGAAACCAAACGAGCCCGCCUGCUCUAUGAGAGCAGAAAGAGGGGGAUGCUGGAGAACUGCAUUCUUCUUAGCCUCUUUGCUAAAGAAUAUCUGCACAACAUGACAGAGAAGCAGCUGAACCUCUAUGAUCGCCUGAUUAACGAGCCUAGCAAUGACUGGGAUAUUUACUACUGGGCCACAGAAGCAAAACCAGCUCCAGAAAUAUUUGAAAAUGAAGUCAUGGAAUUGCUGAGAGAGUUCACCAAAAACAAAAACAAAGAGCAGAGACUGCGGGCCCCAGAUCUGGAAUAUCUCUUUGAAAAGCCUCGUUAAGCUGUGUGCCACUGGCGGUCAUGGUGCAGGGCUUCACUGCUAACGCUGAGUAACAACCUUCACUUCUGGACAUUGCACUGGAAAAGAGAAGGCCAGUAAAUAAACGGCAGUUCUGAGACACGAGCUCUGUGUUGCUCUGUGGUGAGUAGGAGGCCCCCAGCUAUUUCCCAGAUAAGGGACAUUUCCUCACCUUGGCCACCCAAAAUAACUCUGAUAGCGGAGGAAGCAGUGCAGCAUGAUGGUUGUGAGUUCAAGCUUCCCCUUCAUCACUUAGCUGCUGAAUAAACUCACUGGCCUAAGCUUUGGUUUCCAACUAGCAGCGGAAAUCACUUGAGUCUCGAGAAAACUAGGAACUAUAAUUCAUAACACUGGGAUGGCUCCCAGCACACAGGGCACCAUAGGAAGACAGGAGACUGCUUGUAGCCUCACCCUGAGACUUAGAGCCUGUCAUCUAACAGAUUGCCCAUCAUCAAUUACAUGCACACAUGAGGGCAGUUUCGUCUGAAAGUCAGAAGGCUAAGCCUAUUAAAGUAACCACAGAGUUCCUUACCAGCCAGUGGAAACUGGAAAGAAAAAAACCUACCUUGGUGAUAAGUCCUUUGGGAAAGUAUAGCUCUCUCUCACUUAAAGCAAGUAAUGGGAAUGAGACCUAGGGAGUAGAAGCAGAAGGUUACAGAGAUGCUGGCCCUUUGUUUGGGCUUCUGAUGUCCCUCGGGGGUGCUAAAUAGGCAGGGUUUAUAUAUAGAAACAUCUGGACUGUAAGGAAUGCACAGGAAUUGCUAGCACUUCCCUAUUUAUCCUGAGCACAUUAUACAACAAACCCCAGAAGCCACGUAUGCUGUGUCGGCUCUCCCCACCUCGACUCUGAUCCCGUCUUACCCUCAUUUGUCUUAUUUCACACAGUGUUCGGUUGCUGUCACUUGCACCUGAGAAUGGCAUGCUUCUAAAGGAAUUGUUUUCCUUCUA